UUUUUUCUUCUGAUUCACAGUUUUCAUAAACAUAACAUCCAUAUCAGUGUUUAAUGCUGAGAAGAGCACAACCACAGAACAAGUACAAAAUAUAGCACAAGUAAAUGCAUCAACAUCACAUAAUUCAACAUCUACCUCAGUGAUGGAUGAAAUUACCAAGUAUGUUUCAAAAAUCCCAAGUGAAACAUCACUGCCUGUAACCAGUCAGAUGUCAAUGGGUACCACUGUUUCAUCAACUCCAACAGCAAAUACCAAUCAAUCCAUAGAAAGUAUAGCUUCCACUACAUCAAACGUUUAUUCAAGUGAUGUCACCACAACUACAUCAACAUCAGCAACCACUACAAGCAAUGCCACCACAACUUCCACCUCAACAGUCACUUCAAGUGAUGUCAAUUCUCCCUCAACUACAUCAGCAGUAACUUCAACUGUGACCACCAUUCCUUCUACACCAACAGUCACAAUUGAUACCCCCAAUCCCUCAACAGUCACUCAAAGGAAUGCCUACUCUCCCUCUACUAUGUCUACAGACUCUUUAAAUGAUGCCACCACUCCAUCAACAGUCACUUCAAGUGAUGCCACCACUCCCUCAACUACAUCGACAGUCACAAGUGAUUCCAUCACUUCCUCUACUACAUCAACAUUGGCAGUCCCUUCAAGUGAUGCCACCACUCCCUCAACAGUCACUUUUCCCUCCACUACAUCAGCAGUAACAUCAACUGUGGCCAACAUUCCUUCUACUACUUCGAAAGUCACCUCAAGUGAUGCCACCAAUCCCUCUACUAUGUCUACAGUCACUUCAAGUGAUCCCGCAACUCCCACUAAUUCAUUGACAGUCACAAGUGAUGUCACAACUCCCUCAACUACAUCAAUAGUCACUUCAAGUGAUCCCAAAACUCUGACUUCUACAUUGACAGUCAAAAGUGAUGCCACUACUCGGUCUACUAUGUCUACAGUCAUUUCAAGUGAUCCCACAACUUCCACUACUACAUUGACAGUCACUAGUGAUGCCAUCAUUCGCUCUGCUACAUCGACAUUGACAGUCCCUUUAAUAAGUGAUGCCACCUCUCCCUCUACCAUGUAUACAGUUACUUUAAGUGGCAACACAUCAACACCUACUUCAAGUGAUGCCACACCUCCCUCAACAGUCACUUCAACUCAUGUAACUUCUCCCUCAACUAUGUCUACAGUCACUUCAAUUGAUACCACCCCUACUACAUCAACAGUCACAAAUGAUGCCCUCACUCGCUCUACUACAUUGAUAUUGAAAUUACAUUCAAGUGAUGCCACUAAUACCUCAACAGUCACUUCAAAUGAUGCCAGCAGUCCCUCAACUAUGUCGACAGUUACUUCAAGUGAUAACAAAACUCCCUCAACAGUCACUUCAAGUGAUGCCACUACUCCCUCGACUAUGUUGACAGUCACUUCAAGUGAUGCCACCAGUCCCUCAACAGUCACUUCAAGUGAUCCCUCAACUCCCACCACUACAUCGACAUUGACAGUCUCUUCAAUGGACGCCACCACUCUUUCAACAGUCACUUCAAGUGAUACUACAUCAACACCCACUUCAAGUAAUGCCACCACUCCCUCACCCAAAUCAACAGUGUCUUCAAGUGAUUCCACCAAUCCCUCAACUACAUCAACAGUCACAAGUGAUGCCAUCACUCAUUCUACUAAAUCGACAUUGACAGUCCUUUCAAGUGAUGCCAUCACUCUCUCAACAGUCACUUCAAGUAAUGCCACCACUACGACAUUAACAGUCACUUCAAGUGAUAGUACAUCAACACCCACUUCAAUUGAUGCCACCACUCCCUCAACAGCAUCCCCAGUCAUUCAAAGUAAUACCAUUACUCCCUCAACUACAUCGACAUUCACUUCAAGCCAUACCACCACCACCACUACAUCGACAGUAACAUCAACUGUGGCCAGCAUUCCCUCAAAUACAUCGACAGUCAGUUCAAGCGAUGCCACCACUCCCUCAACUACAUCAACAGUCACUUCAAGGGAUGCCAACACUCCCUUAGCAGUCUCUUCAUGUGAUGUCACUACUCCCUCAACUACAUCAAUAGUCACUUCAAGUGAUGCCACCACUACUCCAUCAACAACAGCAGUCACUUCAAGCGAUGCCACCGCUCCUUCAACAUUCACUUCAAGUGAUGCCACCACUGCUACACCAACAGUAGCUUCAACUGCAGCCACCAUUCCCUCAACUACAUCGACAGUCAAUUCAGAUGAUACUACAUCAACACCCACUUCAAGUGAUGCCACCACUCCCUCAACUGCAUCAACUUCAAAUGAUGCCACAACUACUACACUGACAUUAACAGUCAUUUCAAGCGAUUCCACCACUCCCUCAUCUACAUCAAUAGUCACUUCUCGUGAUGCCACAGGUACUACAUCAACAUCAGCAUUCACUUCAAGUGAUGCCACCUCUCGCUCGACAUCAAUGUUCACUUCAAGUGAUGUCACCUCUCCAUCAACAUCAAUACUACAUGCCACCACUGCUACACCAACAGUAGCUUCAACUGCAGCCACCAUUCCCUCAACUACAUCGACAGUCAAUUCAGAUGAUACUACAUCAACACCCACUUCAAGUAAUGCCACCACUCCCUCAAGUACAUCGACAGUCAGUUCCAGUUUUACCACCACUCUGUCAACAGUCACUUCAGGUGAUGCCACCACUACUACACCGACAGUAACAUUAACUGUGGACAGAAUUCCCUCAACUACGUCGACAGUCAGGUCAAGUGAUGCCACCACUGCAUCAACAAUCACUUCAAGUCAUGACACCACUGUUACAUCAACAUCAGCAGUAACUUCAAGCGAUCCCACCACUCCCUCAACAUUCACUUCAAGUGAUGCCACCGCUACUACAUCAACAUCAGCAUUCACUUCAAGUGAUGCCACCUCUCCGUCAACAUCAAUAUUCACUUCAAGUGUCGGCAUCUCUCACAAAACUACAUCAACAGUCACAUCAGAUGAUACUACAUCAACACUCACUUCAAAUGAUGCCAGCCCUCCCUCGACGUCAACAGUUACUUUAAGUGAUGCCACCAAUCCCUCAACUGCAACGACAUCAACUUCAAAUGAUGCCACCACUACUACACCGACAUUAACAGUCAUUUCAAGCGAUUCCACCACUCCCUCAAAAGCCUCUUCAAGUGAUGCCACCACUCACUCAUCUACAUCAAUAGUCACUUCAAGUGAAGCCACAGCUACUACAUCAACAUCAGCAGUCACUUCAAGCGAUAUCACUGUUCCUUCAACAUUUACUUCAAGUGGUGCCACCACUACUACAUCAGCAUUCAGUUCAAGUGAUGCCAUCUUUCCCUCGACAUCAACAGUCACUUUAAGUGAUGGCACCACUCCCUCAACAGUCUCUUCAAGUGAUGCCACCGCUACUACAUCAACAUCAGCAGUUUCUUCAAGUGAUGCCACCAAUCCCUCAACUGCAUUGACAUCAACGUCAAAUGAUGCCACCACUCCCUCAUCUACAUCAGCAGUCACUUCAAGCGAUAACACUGUUCCUUCAACAUUCACUUCAAGUGGUGCCACCUCUUCCUCGACAUCAAUAUUUACUUCAAUUGAUGCCACCUCUCCCUCGACAUCAACAGUCACUUUAAGUGAUGCCACCUCUCCCUCAACUACAUUAACUUUCACUUCAAGUGUUACCACCACUACUACACCGACAGAAAUAUUAACUGUGGCCACAAUUCCUUCAACUACAUUGACAGUCACUUCAAGUGAUGACACCACUGCUUCAACAGUCACUCCAAGUGAUGCCACCAAUCCCUCAACUACAUCAACAUCAACUUCAAGAGAUGCCACCACUGCUACAUCGACAUUAACAGUCACCUCAAUUCAUAACACCACUAUUACAUCAACAUCAGCAGUCACUUCAAGCAAUGCCACCGCUCCUUCAAAAUUAGCUUCAAGUCAUGCCACCGCUACAACAUCAACAUCAGCAGUCACUUCAAGCAAUAACAACGUUCCUUCAACAUUCACUUCAAGUGGUGCCACCACUCCCUCAAGAAAAUCAACAGUCUCUUCAAGUGAUGCCACCGCUACUUCAUCAGCAUCAGCAUCAGCAGUCUCCUCAAGUGAUGCCACCAAUUCCUCAACUGCAUUGACAGAAAAUGCCACAUGGACACCCACUUCAGGUGAUGCAACCUCUUCCCCAACUACAUCAACAUUCACUUCAAGUGGUGCCACCACUCCCUCAACAGUAGCUUCAAGUGAUGCCACUGCUAUUGCAUCAACAUCAGCAGUCUCUUCAAGUGAUGCCACCACUCCUUCUACAGUCACUUCAAGCAAUCCCACCACUCCCUCAACAGUCACUUCAAGUGUUGCCACCUCUCCCUCGACAUCAAUCUUCACUUCAAAUGUUGCCACCACUGCCUCAACAGUCACUUCAAGUGAUGCCAUCACUCCCACAACUACACUGAUAGUAACUUCAGAAAAUGCCACAUGGACACCCACUUCAGGUGAUGCAACCUCUUCCUCAACUACAUCAACAUUCACUUCAAGUGGUGCCACCACUCCCUCAACAGUAGCUUCAAGUGAUGCCACUGCUACUGCAUCAACAUCAGCAGUCUCUUCAAGUGGUGCCACCACUACUUCUACAGUCACUUCAAGCAAUCCCACCACUCCCUCAACAGUCACUUCAAGUGUUGCCACCUCUCCCUCGACAUCAAUCUUCACUUCAAAUGUUGCCACCACUGCCUCAACAGUCACUUCAAGUGAUGCCAUCAUUCCCUCAACUACACUGAUAGUAACUUCAGAAAAUGCCACAUGGACACCCACUUCAGGUGAUGCAACCUCUUCCUCAACUACAUCAACAUUAACUUCAAGUGGUGCCACCACACCCUCAACAGUCACUUCAAGUGAUGCCACCUCUCCCUCAACUACAUUGACUUUCACUUCAAGUGUUACCACCACUACUACACCGACAGAAAUAUUAACUGUGGCCACAAUUCCUUCAACUACAUUGACAGUCACUUCAAGUGAUGACACCACUGCUUCAACAGUCACUCCAAGUGAUGCCACCAAUCCCUCAACUACAUCGACAUCAACUUCAAGAGAUGCCACCACUGCUACAUCGACAUUAACAGUCACUUCAAUUCAUAACACCACUAUUACAUCAACAUCAGCAGUCACUUCAAGCAAUAACAACGUUCCUUCAACAUUCACUUCAAGUGGUGUCACCACUCCCUCAAGAAAAUCAACAGUCUCCUCAAGUGAUGCCACCAAUCCCUCAACUGCAUUGACAUCAACUUCAAAUGUUGCCACCUCUCACUCAACUACAUCGAUAGUCACUUCAGACGAUACUACAUCAACAACCACUUCAAAUGUUGCCACCACUGCCUCAACAGUCACUUCAAGUGAUGCCAUCACUCCCUCAACUACACUGAUAGUAACUUCAGAAAAUGCCACAUGGACACCCACUUCAGGUGAUGCAACCUCUUCCUCAACUACAUCAACAUUCACUUCAAGUGGUGCCACCACUCCCUCAACAGUAGCUUCAAGUGAUGCCACUGCUACUGCAUCAACAUCAGCAGUCUCUUCAAGUGGUGCCACCACUACUUCUACAGUCACUUCAAGCAAUCCCACCACUCCCUCAACAGUCACUUCAAAUGUUGCCACCUCUCCCUCGACAUCAAUCUUCACUUCAAAUGUUGCCACCACUGCCUCAACAGUCACUUCAAGUGAUGCCAUCACUCCCUCAACUACACUGAUAGUAACUUCAGAAAAUGCCACAUGGACACCCACUUCAGGUGAUGCAACCUCUUCCUCAACUACAUCAACAUUCACUUCAAGUGGUGCCACCACACCCUCAACAGUCACUUCAAGUGAUGCCACCUCUCCCUCAACUACAUUGACUUUCACUUCAAGUGUUACCACCACUACUACACCGACAGAAAUAUUAAUUGUGGCCACAAUUCCUUCAACUACAUUGACAGUCACUUCAAAUUCAUCCUUUGACAUGACAGUGGUGGGCUUCCAGAGAGGUAGUGUGGUGGUCAGGAUGAUGUGCGGUUACAAUGGGAAUACUACCGCUGAUGAAAGAACUCUCCAGGCUGCUCUGCAGGACACAAUCCGCAAACACUUGGACAACUCCGCCAUAGCUACCUUGAAAAGUAUGUUUAAAACAUAG